ACUCAGAUGAAUGAACGAGAGGAUGGAUGUCUGCUCUCCGUGUCUCACACAGUAAAUCAAACGCUGGUGUCCCGCGGCUGUGGCUCUGGAGCUCGUGAUGUCGUGGGAUUGUGGAUUAAAGUAUCUGUUUUCUCUUCCUCCGGUUCUGCAGCAGGCGGGCGUCUGCGCUCUCCGGGCUCCGGAUGACUUCUCGCGGCUGGAGAUGGUCCAGCGGCUGGCCAAAGACGGCUAUCGCUUCCUCCAGAACCAGAACUACCGGCUCCCGGACCGCUCCGCUCAGGCACAGGGCGAAGGCGUUGUGCGCGUCUGUCUGAAAGAGAGGGGUCAAGACGUGCUGGUUCUCCAGAGAGUCCCAUCAGAUCCCACGUCUCCGCAAACGGCCGGAGUCAAAGACGAAGACGGAGAUAAGAGGUACGUGGUGGUGUCCGGGACGCCUCUUAAGAUCCUGGAGCACCUGCUGAGUGACCUGCGUCUGGACGAGCAGCAGGGGGCGACGGAGAGCAAAGAGGCGGAAAUGCUUCUGGACGACUUCCUGCUGACGUAUCUGGUGUUCAUGUCCACCAGUGAGCUGUGCCAGGCGCUGCUGGGACACUACUGUACGAAGCGCUGCCGAGGGAAGGAGGAGGGAAAGGAGGCCCUCUACAGGAAGAGGAAAGUACUGCACCUGGUCUCUCAGUGGAGCACGCUCUACAAGGACUUCCUGCGAGAAGAGGAGAACGUCAAGCUCUUCAUGAAGACGCUGUAUCGAUACGUGCUGGAAGACGUGUAUGAGUUCCCCACGCUGGAGAAAGACCUGAAGGAGUUUCAGAAACUGCUGCGACGGAGACAUACGGUGGACGACUAUUCUCCACACCAAAAGAAUAAAGCGCUGUUCCAGCAGCUGAGUCUGAAGGAGAACUGCGUCUCUCUCCGAGGAUCUCCAGUCGAGAGUAAAGACGUGAUGUGCCGUGUGUACGUGAGCUGUGAUUCGUAUCUGAGCGUUCGGGUGAAGCCUGCGAUCGUGGCUCAGGAGCUGCUGCACAUCGUCUCUCAGCGCAUGGAGCGAUCCGAGGACGACAUGAUGCUGGUGGCACAGACGUACAGCGGAGAGAAGCGUGUCCUUCAGCCGCAUGACAGUAUUUACUCCGAGUCUCUGGAGGCUCCUGGCAGACUGAUCGCCUGUCGAAGAGACCUCAGCGAGAUCCUGCCGCCGCUGACGGAGUGUCCAGAGCUGGGACAGAAGCCCGUCAGACUGCUGGGCAUCAACACGUGGGACGUGUCUGUGGCUCUGACAAACUUCGACUGGAAUCUCUUUAACUCCAUUCAUGAGCAAGAGCUGAUCUUCUACACGUUCAGUCGUCAGGCGAGCAGUGGCCACACGGUGGCGCUAGAGCUGCUGCUGCAGCGCUGUAACGAGGUUCAGCAGUGGGUGAUGUCUGAGGUGCUGCUCUGUCCAUCGCUCAGCAAACGAGUGCAGCUCCUCAAGAAGUUCAUCAAGAUCGCCGCGCACUGUAAAGCGCAGAGGAACCUCAACUCCUCGUUUGCCAUCAUCAUGGGCUUAAACACGGCCGCCGUCAGCCGGCUCAACCAGACCUGGGAGAAAGUUCCUGGAAAGUUCAAGAAGCUUUUCUCUGAGCUGGAGCUGUUGACUGAUCCAUCCAUGAAUCACAAAGCCUACAGAGACGCUUUCAAGAAGACCAAGCCGCCCAAAAUCCCCUUCAUGCCUCUGCUGCUCAAAGAUAUCACCUUCAUCCAUGAGGGGAACAAAACAUUUCAUGAUAAUCUGGUGAACUUCGAGAAGCUGCACAUGAUGGCUGAUACGGUGCGACUCAUUCGUCACUGUCAGACGGAUCAGACAGGAAACGAGCUUUCGCCGUGUGACAGUCCCGAGGUGCGCUCGAGCGUCCAUUACCUUCACAUCAUCGACAAUCAGCAGACGCUGUUCGAGCUCUCGCACAGACUGGAGCCCCGAGUCUGAGAGACACCGACCGAGAGGAGCAGCGCCACCUGCAGGACAGACGCUGACGGACACGAUCAGAGACUCUCAGAGCUCGAUCACAGCCAAACCAGUCACACAGGCUGAGUUCUGACAUACAUGAGGAAAAACUUUAUUCCUUCAUGUAAAGAAUUAUUAGUGGUCGAAGAUGAAAGCUUUUUCCUGUCCGCAGGAGAAGUGUCAACUUUCUCAGCAUUGUUUUGUUGAAAUGCUGAUAUUUAACUUCUACCAGCACUUUGGACCAUAUUUAUAUAGGAAUUUAAUAUUUCAGAUUGUUAGGGCUGGGCGAUAUAAUCAUAAUAUAUUAAAAUUGAUAUUUUAAUUUAAAAAAAUAUAUAUUAAAUUGUAUUAUUUAAUUGCAGCCUUUUGACCAUAUUUAGUGUAUAUUAAUAUUUAUAUAUUUAGAUUUAAAGGCUGAUUUAUUUUAGUAAUUUCAACCAAUUAGAUUAAAAAUUUUAAUGCAAAAUGUAAAAUACAGUAAAUAAAUCAAACUUGCAUUUUCUGGUACUGAAGUUCAAAACUUAAUGGCCAAAUAAUAUCAUCACAAUUUAGCAUCAGUUUAUGAUUAUAUAAUAUAUUUUAUAAACACAACAGCAAAAAAUAAUUGAAUCAUUUGAUCGUUUCAUUGAAAUGGACAGUCUGAACUACUCAAAUAGUUCAAAUCAGAAACUUAAUGGCCAAAUAAAUACAUUAUAUUUUGUAAACACAAGAGAAGAUAUAACACACACAAAUAACUCAUCCGAUCAUUUGAAUCGAUUAAUUGUUCAGACAGUUUGAACUGAUUCAUGGAAAAGAAUCAAACUUAAUUGCGUUUUACUGCUACUGAAAAUAUAUAACAAAAAUAACAGCCAAAUAAAUCACUGAAUCAUUUGAAUCGAUUCAUUGAAACAGACUGUUUGAACUUAUGAAGUUCAAUUCAGAAACUUGAUGGGAAAAUAAAAUUACCACAAUCUUGGUUCAGUUAAUGAAUUUAUUAUUUUUUUGUGAACGCUUAAACGUGAAACAAAACACUGAAUCACUUGAAUCGAUUCAUUUGAAGAGACCGUUUGAUUCAUGAAAAUGAAUCAAACUUGUUUGUUAUUGCUACUCAAGUUCAAAUCAGAUAGACCAAAUAAAAUCAUUGCAGUCUUGUUUGAUUUUACGAAUUCAUUAUAUUUAAUAAACACAAGAGCAAAUAUAAAAAGCAAACAAAUCAUUUGAAUCGUUUCACUGAAACAGACAAUUUUAACUUCUGAAGUUCAAAUCGUAAGCUUAAUGUCCGAAUAAAAUGAACACAAUCUCACUUCAGUUAAAGAAUUUAUGAUAUUUUGUGAACGCUUAAACAAACAUAACAUCAUUGAAUCAUUUGAAUAGAUUCAUUGAAACAGACACUUUGAACUGAUUCAUGGAAAUGAAUCAAACUCAUUUGUUAGUUAAAAUCACAAACUUAAUGGCCAUAUAACAUAACAAUGUUGCUUCAUUUUAUAAAUAAAUGAUAUUUUGUAAACAAAAAAUAUAUCGCCCGGUCCUACAGAAUCAACUGAGACUGAACGAACAAACACACUGGUGUCAAAGGUCAUAAAGAUGUCAUGUAGAGCCAAGUACUCGCUUUCUACUCAAUCCUGUUAUUACGAGAUCACGUUGAGGGGAUUUUUAUUUAAUGUUUGAUAUUUGAGCUCAUUCAGCCAGUGGUUUUCCUCGGUGUGAUCGUUCCCGUGAGCUGACAGUAUUAUUUCCUCGGAGAUGUUCGUUUCAGUGGUUUCUCUCAGCAGUACUGAAGCUCAUGCAUGCAUACUGUAUUUGCACUUACAUCUUCGUUUGUACAUUAUCGUGUAAGAAUGUAGAUAUGCGUUUAUAUGUGUAUAGAAAUGUCGUUUGCAAACACACGUUUCUGUGCCAAGCACUAUUAUGGGAGAGCAAUGCAAUAUAUGGAGAUUUUAAUAUUGUCAGAUGUUUUAUAAAAGCCUUUAGCUGCAGCUACGAACCCCGGAAAAACGUCUUCAGUGGGAUCUGAGUUGAUUACAUUAUUUCUGAUACCUCGAUUUGUUCUUGUUUUAAUGGGGAUUCUGGGUUUCUAAACGAGCAGCUCAGGAAAGCCGCAGAUGUACAGUAGCAGGAUUUUACAGUGUUUGUGAAGGUGUAACACUCAUCUGUUUCUCCACUGCCACAUUCAUUCACGGACACAGCAGAGCGAGCGGCUCGUCUGAAUGUGCUGUGACUGAACACAGCUUUUCUUAUAUAUCUAUAUAUAUCUAUGGCACUUGUGUUAUUUUGUGAUUUUUCCAAGUGCAGAGCAGACUAUGUGUCCUUCACAGAUAGAAAUGGUGAUCUUGUGGUUUGGUGAAUCUCAUAGAAAUGUUGGUCACACAUUUCACCCCAAAGAAUAAUAAAUAAAAACAUCUUGACCCGACACGAUAA